CAUUAUUUCCGAGAGGCGGUGCGUGUUCACGUACUUCUUGUUUCAGAAGUUGGUGAGGAGCUGAAAGUGGGCCUUUGAAGAUGAACCAGCUGCAGAAUUUACUUAAUGAAUGUCUCAUAGAGACAAAGCAUGUUGAAAAUGCAGCAGUUAUUAAUUAUAAAUGUUCCACGGUGGUAGCAGCCUCUACGCGAUUUAAUAUUCAGCCACAGCAAGUCCAGAAGUUUGCAGAGGCAUUUAAACAAACAAAAAGCAUCAGGGAAGAAGGACUUUACUUCCAGGAUAACAAUUACACAUGUGUCAGAGCUGAUAAGAACUCCAUCUACUCAAAAAGUAAGGACCAGGGGCUGAUAUUGGCUAAAACUGGAACAUAUAUUUUAGUGGCCACCUACUGUGAAGAAAUGUACCCAAGUGUGUGUGUGGAAGCAGUGGAAAAACUAGCUGAUUAUUUAAGAGAAAAGGGAAAAUGAGACCACAAUUCUUAGAAGAAAAAAACCCCAGAAAAUUCUGUUUAUUGCAAUGAGAAACUAAAAACAGUGAUUCAGUGGAGCACAUGGACUAUCAUCUGCUGUUUAUUUUUUAACUGGAAAUUAGCUACCAUAUAGUUCCUUACUGAAAAAGCAAUUUUUUAUUGCUAUAAAAUGUUAAUAAGAAUCAAGUAUAAAUAAUGUGAGUCUAAAUGACUUUCAGUUGGAGGGGGCUUAACUGAAAAAAUGCAAUAUGUAGCACAUGGGUGUAGCAAUUUCAUGAUGUACAUUUAUCACACAGUUAAAUAAAAUCAAGCACAAGCAACAUACAAUUGUACUAUUUAUAACAUUUAACAAUAUAUAACCUAUAUACCGAAGGGAUGGGAUUAUAUGUUAUUUUAGCAAAUUGUUUUGCUUGCAGAAGAGUAACAUAAAUAAUUGUGGAUAAGUAAAAAGAAAGCAACAAAAGUUGUUAUAGAAUGGAGCGUUAAAGUGAAUUUAUAUUUGCAUUGUUUAUCGUACUGAAAUGCAAAUCAUUACCAGCUGUAAAAAUGAUUAUUAAUCUCACACUGCUACAUUGGUUACAGUCUCUUGUUUGAGUGUAUUCAAGAAUUCUUUAAUUUUCUGAUUGAGUUGGUCUUCCAUAUACAGCUUCUUCCUUUCUUUUUCUUGUUUUUCAUUCUCUUUUUGUCUGGCCAGUUCCUUUUUACAAAUACUGUCAAUUGUUGCAAUGUGUCUUAGCUGCCUGCAUGUGAGAACCCGGAUGCCUGUCUCUGCAGGAUUGACUUCACUGCUUCCUGGUAAAAGUGGGGUUGAUUUGGGCCUCAGAUGGGAGGAAGUUAAUUGUAACUCCUUCCUCCUAUUUCUACUCACUGAAAGCCUGUCAUCUGUUACGUUUAAUUUGGAAUCUGUUUUAAAGCUAUGCCCAGACCAAGCACGAGAUGAACUCAAAGAAGACGUGACAUUUCUGCAAUAAUCAGAUUUAGAGGAAACUAUCCUAGGGUGCCUAUAUAUAUAUGGCUUUUGUGAAAGCAUGCCGAUCUGCGUGUGAUUGUUCGUCUCCUUGUUUUCCUUGUGCAGCUGUAGUUCUUUCAUGGUGUUGUCAGCAGUUGCCCGGUGGGUACUGCCCUUUACACAGAGCAAAUUAUGAUGUUCUUUCAUUACAGCUGUAGUUUCAUAAUGGAGAGUUGUAAAAGCAACUCGAUACCUUAAGUUAAGAUGGUCCAGUUUAAUCUGUAGCUGUGCAUUUUCUCUUUUGUUCUUAAGCCUUACGUCUGCAGACAGGGCGGAUGUUUUCUGUCUGAAUUUCAGUUGUCUUUUUAUCAUGU